AGAGCGGAGCCCGAUUGCUCCUGCCUGCUGCCUUGGGUAAAGUCUUCCUAUUUUAACAAGUGUCAGAAUAACUUGUUCUGAAACCAGCCCUGCCCAGUGGAAUCCCAGGUGCCUGCAGUGACAGGGAAGUCGACCAGGGUCUGCACCACCCGUUGGGAGAGGCCUACUGUGGGUACAGCAGUGGUCAAAGCCUGUGGGCAAAGCGGCAGGACAUCCUGAGCCAUCCAGUUGCUUUGGGAGUCUGAUCUCAGGUAGAGGGGGGCUGGGGCUGCUCCCAUGCUGACACAUUAACUUCUGAGGCCAGCAGGAGGGUGGAUGGUCACUCAUUACCAAGGGCCGAGGUCAAGGGGCUGGGUGGUGUCCGGUCACUUAUGUAACCUGUGGGCAUAUAUAGGGGCACACAGCCCCGUGGGCCUCUUACCCACCUGCCAGCUCCGCUCCCUCAGGAUGAAGGUGGCUGUGGGCCCAGACCCUUCCCUGGUCUACCGGCCUGAGCUGGACCCGGAGGCGGCCAAAGACAAGGGCAGCUUCCGGAACUACACCUCCGGCCCGCUCCUGGACCGCGUCUUCGCCACCUACAAGCUCAUGCACUCGCAGCAGACGGUGGACUUCGUCAAGAAGAAGCACGCCCAGUUCGGGAGCUUCUCCUACAAGAAAAUGACUGUGUUGGAGGCUGUGGACAUGCUGGACGGGCUGAUAGACGAGUCGGACCCAGACGUGGACUUCCCCAACUCCUUCCACGCCUUCCAGACGGCGGAGGGCAUCCGGAAGGCCCACCCUGACAAGGACUGGUUCCACCUCGUGGGCCUCCUGCACGACCUGGGGAAGGUCCUGGCUCUGGCGGGGGAGCCCCAGUGGGCAGUUGUUGGAGACACCUUCCCAGUGGGCUGCCGUCCCCAGGCCUCUGUGGUUUUCUGUGACUCCACCUUUCAGGACAACCCUGAUCUCCAGGAUCCUCGAUACAGCACAGAGCUCGGCAUGUACCAGCCCCACUGCGGGCUGGAGAACGUCCUCAUGUCCUGGGGCCAUGACGAGUACAUGUACCAGAUGAUGAAGUUCAACAAAUUCUCCCUCCCCCCGGAGGCCUUCUACAUGAUCCGAUUCCAUUCCUUCUACCCGUGGCACACGGGUGGUGACUACCGGCAGCUGUGUGGUGAGCAGGACCUGGCCAUGCUGCCUUGGGUGCAAGAGUUCAAUAAGUUUGACCUGUACACCAAGUGUCCUGACCUGCCAGACGUGGACAAGCUGCGGCCCUACUACCAGGGACUUAUUGACAAGUACUGCCCCGGUGUCCUGAGCUGGUGACCAGCCUGCCCACCCUGCUGAGGCCUGCUAGAAUGCCCCAGGGUGACAGCCACUGUCAGGCACAGUGACAGCUCACCCCAGCCUCUCUAGGGGACCCCACACACCCACCUAUGGUCUGUGCUCCCCACCUUAGUCCACUCUGCCUGGUGGCAAUAAAGACCUUG